GAGAUUCUGAAUAUGGAUAAGUAUGGGCAGUUGCAAAAUGUGGAAACCGUACUGGUUGUUCAGGUCCAUAAUCGUAUCGAAUAUUUGAAAGAGUUGAUUUCUACCCUCAGAGAUGCUCGAUAUAUUGAAACUACAUUGCUGAUUUUUAGUCAUGAUUAUUCGUCUGUAGCUAUAAACAAACUGAUUAAAGGGAUAGAUUUCUGUUUAGUUAUGCAGAUAUUCUACCCAUACAAUAUUCAGUUGUUUCCAGAUGUUUUUCCUGGGCAGGAUCCUUUGGAUUGUCCAGAAAAGGCGACUAAGCAAGAAGCGGCUUUUUUGAAAUGUAAUAAUUGGAAGCAUCCGGAUAAAUAUGGACAUUUUCGUGUUGCGAGGUUGACACAAAUCAAACACCAUUGGUGGUGGAAGAUGAAUUACGUAUUCGACGGUAUAUUAAAACAGUAUGCUUUGACAAAGGCAUGGGUAAUACUACUGGAGGAGGAUCACUAUGUUUCUCCAGAUUUCUUGCAUGUUAUGCGCCUGAUUGUGAACAAUAAAUCGAAUUUUUGCGAGGAAUGUCAAGUGAUAAGUCUUGGAUUGUAUCUCAAACAGUACAGUAAUUUUAAAACCGAUUUGAAUCGGCUGAGUAUUUGUCCAUGGUUUAGUUCAAAACAUAAUAUGGGAAUGGCUAUCAAUGUGGAUACGUGGGAACUUAUCAAGAAUUGUACGGAAUUUUUCUGUAAGUAUGAUGAUUACAACUGGGAUUGGUCUUUGUUACGCGUUAGCAUGGAGUGCUUGCCAUCAAGAUUGAAGGUCAUUGCUGUUAAGGCUCCUCGUGUCAUACAUGUUGGUGACUGUGGCGUGCAUACUCAUCGUUGUGCCGUUCAUAAUGCUGCUGCAGUGGCUGCGGAACUUUUUAAUAGCUUAUCAGAUUCAUUGUUUCCGAAAAAUAUGAUAGUGGCAGAGAAUCUGAAACGAACAUUAAAACCUUCAAGGGAGAACGGUGGUUGGGGCGAUAUACGCGAUCAUGAACUAUGUCUCAAUAAUUCACAUGUGCCUAAUCUUGCUGCUUACGAUUUUUAUCUGAAUACUCUAACCAUGCGAUAUCCAGGUAGUAUUCCUCAGAUCCAGAUAUCAAACAAGCCAAAACCAUACUUGAAACGAGAAGUGGUCCGACUAUCUUCAUAUGUUAACAUGAAUGUCAGAAGUUGA